ACAGCGAAGUCUGUACAGCGCGUGUUUAUCCAAAGGAAUAAUAGAAAGAAAUUUGACUUGAGUUCAGGCAAGGUAGGUGUAAUAAAGCAAAGAUAAAGGGAACCAAUUUGUGCGGAACCUGAUAAAAUCCAGUUUUCAAAGCCAGGAUUCCGUGAGCGAGACAAAAACGUACUCACCCUACCCCCGUUGUUACCACAUUGCACCAGUAAUGGCGUCGAGUGUGGUGCGACAAGAGCCAAGUCAAGUUGUUUCUCGAGCUAAAAAGACUCCUUCUCCCAACGUUUCUGCUCCUAAAACUCCUUCAAGAUCGAGGAUUGAAUCUAAAAAGCGUUUAAAUAGUUCGGAUGGAACUUCGAAGCGGCAUGUUUCGGCUCCAAAGACUCCCUUUUCAAUGGAAAAGACAAGCACUGCUCGACCGUCCGACAGACUGAACCCAAAAACUAUUGACCCGUUUAACGACAAGACUCCAAAAUCUUCAUUUGCUGCUGUUUAUGCUAACGGUGGAGUGCCUUGCAGAUUAGUGCAUGGAUCUGUGAAACACAAAUUACUCUGGGAUACAUCCCCAGAAAAUCUUCCUUUUGAUCCUGUUCUUAUAACCUUAGCUGAGGGACUAAGAGAGACAAAGCAUCCCUAUUAUUUUGUAGCACGUGAAGGAUUCAAGGAUAUGUUAAAUAUUGAAGAUGCUAGCUCUAGGAUUGUGCCAAUUGUUCCUAAGUUAAUCCUUCCUCUAAGGGCUGCCUUGGCCUCACAAGAUGUUCAAGUGUUUGACACUGCUCUCAAUGCACUGGUUCAGCUAAGUUCUGUAGUUGGAGAAACCCUUCUUCCUCACCUCAAGACCCUUUUACCACAUGUUUCUAGGAGAUUUAUGGAUAAAACACUCAAAGAAAGAAUAGUAUAUGCUCUACAAGAGAUUGAAAGAAAUUGUGGAAGGGACAGUCUACCGAUAAUCAAGCUUAAGAUCCCAACCUAUCAGUCAGUGUGCUCAUAGCACGAGGCUCAUUUAUAAAGGUGUUGUUACAACCAUGAUUUCUUUUGAAACUUGUCUCAAUGAAAAUAUAUAUGGCAGGACUAAGGUUUUAGUUUGGAACAUUAUGCUUGUGCAAUACGUUUUUUCAAGAAAUCAUUGCAUGUAACAACUUUAAUUUAUUAUUAAUAAGUGUAAAUAGUUAUUAUAUAUUUUUGCAAAUCAAUCACUGGAAUCCAUAUUGGAAUCCAGUGUGAUAAUGAGAUAAAUUAUCCAAACAAGAUGCACAUCUGAAUGCAUUUAAUAUCAUGUAAAUAAUGUUUACGGGAAGUGUAAAUAAUAUGAAUUCCUAAUCAGUUGUUAGGGUACAGUUUACAUAAUGAUGUCCUACCUUUAUAUUACACUUUUAUCUGCCUAGAGGUCGUUUCAAGGUUCAAUAAAUUUGGAGGUAUAACAGUAACUUAUUGGCAACCUACUGACAACCUACAGUACCAACAACCUACUGACGAGCUAUAGACCCCUUGCAUGGAGGUCAAAGCAGCUCGAUCUGGGGGACAAAACAAAGUCUCCUAUGAAAUGGAACCUAUUGUUUUGCAUUCAAAAGUGCUGAAGGGGUCUACUAUAUUAUGACACCCUACUAAUUACCCAACACCAAUUUUGGGUUCGUAUCAUUUAUACCUCUGUUAAUAUGUGUUUGUAUUCAUUACCUAAUGUGAAUACACUACACAUUCAAACAUUCCAAUGGUAUAUCUGUUGGUAUUUCUAAAAGAAAAAGAUCAUUUGAGAUCUUGUGUGCAUGAAGACAGUGUGAACCUGCUGCAUAAUGGCCAGGGCCCAGUUGUACAAAGGGUUGAUAGUGCUAUCCGACAGAUAAAUCCUUAUCCAAAGGAUAAAGUGAUGCUGUUAUCCAAUACAUGCAUCCACUGAAUAGGAUUUAUCAAUGGGUUAGUUCUAUCCACCCUUUGUACAACCGGGUCUAGGUGAAAAGGGGCUGUCGAUGAACAAAAGUGGGAUAUAACCCAACCACAGUUGACAGGGCACCUGGGAGGCUGUUUUGCAUUUCACUGGCCGACUCAUUUGUCAUUGGCAGUAUUUUGAAACACAAAACAAAAGGAAAACAAUGAAAAAAAGAUGUGCCCCAAGCUCAGCACCAGAGUCAUCCUAUCCACAGGUUUGGUUGAGAUAAAUCAUAGUAAGACAUAAGUGUUAGCAAUAAAGUGAUUUGCUGCUGUUAAACCAUGUUAGAUAGUUAGCAACAUAAAAUGGGUAAGAAGCAUUAAGUCAUACAUACCUUGAGUAAAUAGAAUGUUUCAGAAGGUAGAGUAUCUUUUGACUUGCUUAUCUUGUAUCAUUACAUAACAUAAGAAUGCCAUGUAAAAUGAAAGAGCACUGUAUGUCAUUCACGCUAAACUCAUGAACAAACAUUCAUAUGUGUGGUUCAAUCAUGUCACAAUACAAUGUGUUUCUGAAUGGAAGGUAAAGUUUACUCAAGGCUCUGACUGAAAAUAUGGUAAAGAAUAAUUGACUUUAAAUUAUUUAGAUACAAAUUAAAAUUCAAAGAUUUGUAAACAUACAUUUUAUUACCAUAAUUAUUGUGUGAAUUAAAUAAAAAUUUCAAUAUUUUA